GAAAAAAAACAGUGGUAGAGAGAGAAAGAGAAGAGCCAUAAUUAGAAACGUACAACUGUCAAUUUUUCAACAUCCACAAUUUUGUUUCUAUAUUUUAUGAUGUUACUGUAAUUGUUUUUUAAGAUAUUCCAACUUCAAAUUCGAAACCUUUCUGUGAGCAACAAUUAGAAUCUCUCAGCCCCUCAUUUCACGCAUACCCUGUCAACUAAAUUUACAUUCUUUCGCCCAAACAAAACAUGUCAGAAAACCACAUCGAACUAACAAAAACCACCGUUUCCCCAAAAUUUUCCAGAAAAUAGCUCUUGUUGUCUUGUCCCUCCACACUCCCAAGUCAUUUUUGUUCAAGCUUUCCUGACCAAAAAACAUGGUGGUUUUUUUUCUAUAACAAAGGCAACAUUUUUCUGGCUGCAUAGGAUAUUAUUAAAGAAGGGUUAUUAGAUGUGAAAGGUGAUGGGAGCAGAGACGUUGAAGGGGUGGGGCACCUGGGAGGAGCUCCUCCUUGGUGGGGCCAUUCUCCGUCAUGGAACCAAAGAUUGGAAGGUCGUUGCCACCGAGCUUCGAGCCCGAACAGUUUUUCCUUACACCAUUACUCCUCAGGUAUGUAAAGCCAAAUAUGAAGAUCUGCUGCAACGAUAUUCUGGAAACAAGGCUUGGUAUGAGGAGCUUAGGAAGACUAGAGUGGCAGAGUUGAAGAGAUCUCUAGAGAUAUCUGAAGAUUCAAUUGGGUCUCUUGAAUCUAAGCUUGAAAGACUGAAGGGUGGUAAGAAUGAGAAAAGAGAUGGUUGUGAUGUUGAUAAUGGAUCAGGUCGUCCAAAGUUGCAUGUAGCUUCACAUAAAUUAGAAAGAGUCGAAUCUUCCACCAAAGACACAUCAAAGGAUGGACUGUCUGCUGGGAGUUUCACACAUGAAACUCUUCCAUCUGUUCCUGUUGAACAUUUCGAGACCAAGCCUGACAAACUUUUGAAUGUAGAUAAGUUAGCAUAUACUGUAUACCAAGGAGAAGGGGGAACUUUUAAGAAACGAAGAGGGAAGAGGAAAAGGAAGUAUUGUGGCAAAAAUACCAAGGAACCAAGUAUGGCAGAGAGUGUUUUGUUAGAUUCAGUUGAUGUUAUGUCAUGGUGUAAAGAAAAUUCUACCAGUUACUACAGUGAAGUUGCCAAAUCAAGCGAUGUAAAUUAUCAGAAUAGGAACUCGAAAAAGAGUAGGGUGGAAGACAUGGUGAAGAUUUUGGAUUCUAUUUUUGAAACUAAAUGUGCUUCUGCAUUUCGUCGUAGACUUGAUAGUCAGAAGAGAGGAAGGUACAAGAAAAUGAUCCGACAACACAUGGACUUUGACACCAUAAGGUCAAGAAUUAGCAACCAAACAAUUAGAUCAUGUGUAGAACUUUUUCGAGACUUGCUUCUACUCACUAACAAUGCUUUGGUUUUCUACUCCAAGAACACUCGUGAAUACAAAUCUGCUGUACUAUUAAGAGACAUUGUGACAAAAAAGAUAAAGGAAAGUUUGAAGGACUCGAGUAACAAAGUCACCAACACCCAGGUUACUAAUGCGCCUAUGAAUAAUCCUCAUGUGAAACCAAAAAACAUACGAUGUGGAACUAGAAAAACAGUAGCAAAAACAGGUGGAGGAAAUAUUUCUGUGUCUGGAGUUUCACAUGGUACAAAGAAACAUAGUAAAGUCGAUUCUCCAUCUUCUGUGGAAUCCCUGAGCGUGAAGAAGAGAGGUUUUGGUCGACCAAAAAAGGUUGGACGAGGAUCUGCAAGUCAAAAGCCUGCAGUGCCAAUGAAGGGAAAGAAAAAAGUUAGAAGCAAGUAAUAACACAUUAACCUUGUACAAAAUUUUUUACUUUUUGUUGGUUAGAUAUUUUUUUGUCUUCUCUAGUGAAGGACCAAAAGAAACUUUAUUACAAGUUGCAAGGGGAAGUUAACCACAAAUAUAUGAAACAGCUCCA